GUAUUAUUUCAGUACCAUAGAAUGUAUAUGCUCAAUGCAUUUAAACAAAGAAAAUCAACCAGCUGUCUCCGUUCUACAAACAAACAAACUGCUAUUUUAUGAAGCCAUUUUUUAUAACAAAAAAAAGAACCUGUAACUGAAAUUAGAAAAAGGAAAUAAAAUAACAUAAAAUAAAAGACAUAAAUCGAAUGGAUUUUUUUUUCUGUGCAUGCCGAUGUUGUUUUUUCCAUCCGUUUAUCUGAAUAGGCUGCUGCUGCUGCUGCUAUACAAAAUGUUGAACACUAAAAAUGGUCAGCGGUAACAUUGACUUUGACAGUUCAAGCAACUGUCAAAAUAACACACUAUAAUUACAUCGUUUGUUGGCAUUUGUUUGAAAAACGUUUAAACAUCGUCAAAUAUUGUUGCGGCUUUUCCGUAAAAAUCAACAUUCUGAACACGAUAAAACCGAUACAAUGGCAGAUAGUAAAUCAUCGCGAAGGCGUAAAUAUUCGACCAGUUCGAAUAGCAGUGUGGAUAGUGCUGAAGAUGAGCGACGCAAGGAUUUAAAAGAACGAGACGAGUUCGCGAACCGAUUGCGGAAAAAGGAUGAAAGUCACACAAGAAAAGUUACCGAGGCUUCGGGUAAAAAAGGCUUCGAAGAAGCGGCAAAACGUCUCAAAAUGGAACUGGAGGAUCGUGAUAAAAUCGUUCCAAAUUUGCGUGUACAAUCUCGACGUAUCUAUUUGGAGAAGCGUAAAGAAGAUAAAGUUACCGAGUUGGAAGCAGAUAUUGCCGAUGAUGAAUAUCUUUUCCAUGAUGAAGUUUUGACAGAACGUGAGAAAUUGGAUCGUCAACACAAGAAACAACUGCUGCAAAUUGCCCGAGAUCAUGAAAAAGCCCGUGAGCUGGAACGUGUGCAACGAUAUCAUAUGCCACAAGACAGGAAGAAGGGUGAAAAAGAGGAGUACUAUGAAGUCGAUGACCGUGAAAAGCUACCAAAUUCGGAGCAAAAGAAAUGGGAAAGCGAACGAUUGGCAUCGGCAAUGUACAAGUUCGGUGCAAAAGAUGCGACCGAUAAACAGAGGCAACAAGAGGAAUAUGAGCUGCUGUUGGAAGAUCAAAUUGAAUUCAUUCAGGCCAUGACCAUGGAUGAUUCGAAGAAAAAGGAAAAAGAUGAACCGAAAAUAUCAGAAUCACAGAAAAAACGCAUGGACAUCAAAGAGACAAAGGAAUCAUUGCCAGUGUAUCCAUUCAAAGAAGAUUUAAUCGCGGCCAUUCGAGAGCAUCAGGUUUUGAUCAUUGAAGGAGAGACUGGCUCGGGUAAAACUACACAAAUUCCACAGUAUUUGCAUGAAGCGGGUUUCACGGCUGAUGGAAAAAAAAUCGGUUGCACUCAACCGCGUCGAGUUGCUGCGAUGUCCGUGUCAGCACGUGUGGCCGUUGAAAUGGGCGUAAAGCUAGGCAACGAAGUUGGUUAUAGCAUUCGAUUCGAAGAUUGCACGUCCGAACGAACAGUUUUGAAAUACAUGACUGAUGGUACGUUGCAUCGUGAAUUUUUGUCAGAGCCCGACCUUGCCUCUUACAGCGUUAUGAUCAUCGAUGAAGCUCACGAACGGACACUUCACACUGAUAUUCUGUUUGGUCUCGUUAAGGAUAUUUCACGUUUUCGACCAGAUUUAAAAUUGCUCAUUUCGUCUGCUACAUUAGAUGCAGAGAAAUUUUCGCAAUUCUUUGAUGACGCGCCCAUUUUUCGGAUUCCCGGUCGUCGGUUUCCGGUCGACAUUUACUACACAAAAGCACCUGAAGCUGAUUACAUCGAUGCAUGUGUUGUGUCCAUUCUGCAAAUUCACGCGACGCAGCCACUUGGAGAUAUUUUGGUUUUUCUCACGGGUCAAGAUGAGAUUGAAACAUGCCAGGAGAUGUUGCAGGAUCGUGUAAAACGUUUGGGUACCAAAUUGCGUGAAUUGGUCAUUUUGCCUGUUUAUGCCAAUUUACCAAGUGACAUGCAAGCCAAAAUCUUCGAGCCAACACCGAAGAAUGCGCGAAAAGUGGUGCUCGCUACGAAUAUUGCCGAGACAUCUUUAACCAUUGACAACAUUAUUUACGUGAUUGAUCCGGGUUUUGCGAAGCAAAAUAAUUUCAAUUCUAGAACUGGUAUGGAAUCACUUAUGGUCGUGCCGAUAAGCAAAGCGUCAGCAAAUCAGCGAGCGGGUCGAGCUGGCAGAGUAGCAGCGGGUAAAUGCUUUAGAUUAUACACUGCAUGGGCAUAUAAACAAGAAUUGGAAGAUAAUACUGUGCCCGAGAUUCAGCGUAUAAACCUUGGAAAUGCCGUUCUAAUGCUGAAAGCGCUGGGCAUCAACGAUUUAAUUCAUUUUGAUUUUUUGGAUCCGCCGCCGAAUGAAACCCUUGUACUCGCCUUGGAGCAGCUGUACGCUUUGGGUGCACUGAAUCAUCACGGUGAAUUGACUAAAUUGGGUAGACGGAUGGCCGAAUUCCCCGUUGAUCCAUUGAUGGCGAAAAUGUUGAUCGCUAGUGAGAAGUACAAGUGUUCCGAGGAUAUUGUUACAAUCGCUGCAAUGUUAUCCGUUAAUUCGUCGAUUUUCUAUCGACCCAAAGACAAAAUCAUUCACGCAGACACAGCCCGCAAGAACUUCAAUCAUCCGCAUGGUGAUCACUUGAGUUUGUUGAACGUGUACAAUCAAUGGGUUGAAACUGAUUACAGUACACAAUGGUGCUACGAGAAUUUCAUACAAUAUCGAUCGAUGAAGCGUGCUCGAGAUGUACGCGAUCAACUGGUUGGUUUGAUGGAACGUGUUGAAAUUGAUAUGGUCUCAUGUCUACCAGAAACGAUACCAAUUCGGAAGACUAUUACAGCUGGUUACUUCUAUCACAUUGCUCGGCUGUCGAAAGGUGGCAACUAUAAAACGGCAAAACAUAAUCAAACGGUCAUGAUACAUCCAAAUUCAGCAUUGUUCGAAGAGCUGCCGCGAUGGAUUUUGUAUCAUGAGUUGGUGUUCACAACCAAGGAAUAUAUGCGACAAGUCAUCGAAAUUGAAAGCAAAUGGCUGUUAGAAGUAGCUCCUCAUUACUAUAAACCGAAAGAGUUGGAAGAUUCAACAAAUAAGAAAAUGCCCAAAACAAUGGGACGAGCUACGAAAACGGAAUAAAAUUGUAAAUUUAAAAAGUAAUUUAACAAAAGACGAGGAAUUUUAUGAUUUUCAAAAGAAAAAACAAGAAUAAAGAAAAAGUUGAACAAUUUUAAA